UUCCUGGUUGUCAUUGUUUUAAGUCCGAUUAUUCAAAAACGAAUCGCUUAUUAACAAUACAUGACGACUGUAUAACCAAAAGUCGUAGGGGAUAAUGAGAUGAGGGAAACGGACACUUUGGCUGACCCAUUCCGGCUGAAAGACGACAAACUAGCUUAGUUAGCUUCCGGAGCCGCCUGCUGAACUGGUUUCCCUGCUUGGUUGGUGAUGGAGAGGCUAAUAACCAAGCUCACGGGAAAGCAUGUCCUCUUCACGGCUUCCUUCGCUUUACGACUGGCGCUGGUCGCUUAUGGAGACUACCAGGACAGGACUAUGGUGGUGAAGUACACUGACAUUGACUACCAUGUGUUCACAGAUGCUGCAAGAUUCAUCACUGAGGGUCAGUCCCCGUACAACAGAUCAACCUACCGCUACACCCCUCUUCUAGCCUGGCUGCUCACCCCGAACAUCUAUCUCAGCCUGGUGUUUGGCAAGAUCCUCUUCAUUGCGUGUGACGUGCUGUCAGGACUGCUCAUCUACAGAAUCCUCCGUCUGAGAGGCCUGAGCUCUGAGACUGCGCGCCGUGUUUGUUCUCUGUGGCUACUCAACCCACUGCCCAUGGGAGUGUCCAGCCGAGGGAAUGCUGAGUCAAUACUGGCAGCUCUGGUGCUGGGGACAUUACUCUGUAUGGAAGCCCGGCAUCUGACGUGGGCAGCCGUGCUCUAUGGUCUGUCGGUCCAUAUGAAGAUUUACCCCGUUACAUACGCUCUGCCCAUCACUCUGUCCCUGCGCACGCCAGAGACCAGACCAGAGAAGGACCAAAAGGGGUGGAGGAGGUUCAUCGGGUUUACGGGAAGCUUCCUCAACCGGGAGCUGCUCCUCUUUGCAAGUGUGGCCGGAGGAGUUUUCUGUCUGCUUACAGCCCUCUUCUACUACAUGUAUGGAUGGGAGUUCCUUCAUGAGACCUACUUGUACCAUCUGACCAGAAGGGACAUCAGACACAACUUCUCUCCAUACUUCUAUAUGCUCUACCUCACCACAGACAGCAGGUGGAGCCAGUGGCUCGGCCUGGCAGCAUUCCUGCCUCAGCUCAUCCUGCUGUUGGUAGCGUCAUGGGCCUUUCACUCUGACCUGGCCUUCUGCUGCUUCCUGCACACCGCCAUCUUUGUCUCUUUCAACAAAGUCUGCACUUCACAGUACUUCCUGUGGUACCUGUGUCUCCUCCCUCUGGUCAUCCCUCACCUGAGUCUGUCACUAAAACAGGGAGUGGGACUGCUCCUCCUCUGGUUUGCCGGACAGGGUAUCUGGUUGGGCCCAGCCUACUUCCUGGAGUUUGAAGGCUACAACACCUUCGUGUUAAUCUGGCUGGCUGGAUUACUCUUCUUGAUCAUCAACUCAUCCAUCUUGAUUCAGAUCGUAGCCCAUUACAAACCGACUCAAACUCCACAGAGACUGAAGGUUGAGUGACAUUCCAGUCAUUUUAACUGAAGAUGAUGGACUAUGGAUGCUCAAAAAUAAAGUCUAUAUUUUUGUUAAUUCUCAGUCUCCCGGGUACUUAACUACUUCCUGUAACUUAAAUCAUGUUAGGACAGAACGGAUGCAUACAGUGCUAUUUUCUGAGUGACUAAAUCCACUGGUUAAUUUCAGUCAUUCAUAGUUAAAACCAUUGAUUACAUGCUUGCCGCUGUAGGCCACUUAAAUCCUCUCAAUGACUCACAUAGGGCAGAACACUGCUGCUGUGCUGCUUUCUCUCGGGUGAAACGUUGAAGUCUGUUCUUCCACCUGUGGCCACGCCACAUGACAAAGCAGAUAUUUUACAUUUGCUGGCAAGGGCAAAAUACCAACCGCAGAUCAGAGAACACACACACACAGCCCCUCCACAAUUUAACAACCACCAUGUUAAACAGCUCUGCACCAAAAUACUUAACACACCCUUCAGAGGUUUCUGGUUGCCAUUGUCACUGCCAUCUUGAGAAUAGGAAGCACUUUCUCAUUCCAGAAGGAGAAAUGGACACAUUGUGUAUAGCUAGGUAAAUCUAUAUCAUUUUUGUGACCUGACUGGGAUAAAUACUGCUCAUUAGUCUAAUGAAUUGGGAAUGUUUUCUCUUUAAAUAUUUUGUUGCGUUGUGAAACUACUAAUGGCUAGACUGUGAUCGGUAAUUAUCAACAAAUCCAGAUACGGAGACAGAAUCACGCUGUCCUGUAACAGCCGCUUCCAUCUUCCUAUGUAAAUAUUCUACAUGGCUUCAAAGCUCAUGCCAUGCGAUCUGAUUUAAAAAGACUUGACUCUU